AUGCCACGACGAACAUUAUCACCUCCCCCACUUGCGUCGCCUGGAGCGACUUCGAGCGGCUUUGCAUUACCACAAUCACCUAGCUUGAACCAGGAAGAAGGCUUCAGAAUGCGCUCGGUUGGAUCGCCUCGGUUGCACUCCGAGAAGAGUAGUGCUGGCACACAGAAACCAUCCGUUGUUUCCUCUACAACUACCAUUCAUCCAUACAUCGGACUUCGUGCUAAAUUGUCACAAGCCUGGUUAGCUUACCCAAUAAUCGCACUACUUUUCGUCGUAUUUCGUCUCCUUUCAGCAAUCAAAACGAUUCCGACAUUGGUCGACGAAAUAAAGCAGAAUGCUCUCCGCUCGUGCGACGCACUCGAAACGGCAACUUCGACAGUGACGUCUCUCCCACACUUUAUGGCAGGCGGGUUUAACAGAGCAACCGUGGACGGUGUCAACUUGUCGAUCAAGGCAAUUGGAAACACACUGGAUUUGGCAAUCCUGGCAUUGGAAGGAAUCAUGAUUUGGAUAAUUAAUGUAUUCAAAAGCACUUAUAGGUGUUUGUUGGAACUAGCAAUUAGAGGCUCGUUGGCUGCAGUUGCAGAUGCAGUUCAAAGUUUGAGUCAAUUUGUUAGCAACAACUUGGGUCAAAUUAAAGCUAGUAUCGACAGUCAAGUCAAUUCGCUCAACGAUAUAUUGAACAAUGUCAAACAAAAUUCUGUAGUUAGUACGUUGAAUAUCAACAUACCCACAGUCUCUAUUCCAGCAGCCGAUGGGUUGAGUAACUUUCAGUUGCCAGUAAUUGACCAAGGUAUCGGUCAGUUAAAUAACAGUCUUCCUACAAUGGAUGAAAUCGAGAGCAAGCUGGAUGACCUGGUAACUAUACCGUUUGAUCAAUUGAGGUCGAUAAUUAAAAGCAGCAUGAGUAAUGUUCGGUUUGAUGGAUCUGUACUUCCGGUGCCACCUAAAAAUCAAGUCACCUUCUGCGCCGAUAAUUUGGAUUUAUCAAUCGUCGAUAAUAUUUCGCGCGAUUUGGUGAAGACGGCUUACAUUGGACUUGCCGUUUUGGUUGCUGUCGCUCUGCUGAUGAUAGCUGCUAAUGCCGUUGUUAUUUGGUACUCUCAUCGUCGGUUUAUGAGGCAUGUCGAUCGGACCAAGAAGACUAUUAGUCUAGUCACUUUUACUCAUACGCGUCAGACUACUAUUGAGAUUAUCAAAAUAGCCGAAAGGCCGUUGAUCACUCGCUGGUUUAUCAAAGCAUCUCAGUUUUUUAAAAAUCCAGACCAUCAACAUUUGUUUAGAUGGUUUUGGGACUAUAUUUUACAUCCGGGAGCAUUAGUAUGUCUCGCCAUUGGACUUGUUGGGGUGCUUAGUAUAUACUUGCAGCUCGCCAUACUUGAUGGUGUACGCGGUAGCUAUCAACAACCGUUGUCUGAUGCUAUUAGCACGUUCGGAAAUGCAGUCUUGGACAAAAUCAACGGUGCAUUGACGGACACGUCAAAGAGCUAUGCUUCUGAGAGUAAUUCUGCCAUAUCCAACAUAGAAGAUGAACUCAACAAGGAGCUGUUUGGCUGGGUAAACACUACAACAACAGCAAUAAACAACACUCUGAACGCAGCAGUUGAUGAUAUUUCUACUUUCAUCAAUGGAACAUUCGGAGGAGUCCCGAUUAUACUUACGGCAGUUGACCAAGUCAUAAACUGUUUAUUGUUUGUGAAAAUACGUGGUAUACAAGCCGGUCUUUCGUUUAUACAAGAAAACGCAUCGAUCAACCUUCCACGUGUGAACGACUCUAUUCUACUUGUGGAUAGAUCAAACAUGCAAGAGGUAGUAGACAAGGCCACAACGCAAAUUGUCGGAUCACCCGAUUCAGGCUCGUCUGGCGGUGAGAUUGGUCGAUUGUUCGACACAUACGAGUCGUCUCUUAAAUCUGAACUUCCGCUAUUCUGGCUACUCAUUGCUUGUUGGUUCUUUCUUGUACUAAUGGGAGUUGGCCGUGUAUUGUGGUUUUUAUUCGUACAAAAGAAAAAGAACGAGAACAAAGUACUUCAGCAACCUUCAUCAGAUUCAUCUUCGGAUGAAAAGACGUCGUCGCCAUCACCCACAUAUCCACCACCAAGUAAAGCGAGAUCAAUAUCGCUCCGGCGCGAUACCAACAAGGAAGAUGGCACAGAGAUACAACGAUUCUCAAUGUUGAAACAUGCAGCGUCUCAAGUUCGCAAAACAGACGAGAAACAUUUUAAUUCAUUACGAUCAAAGCUAAACGGGUUAGUUAAACGACAAUCUACAUCCACUGGCCCUCCAAAAAUGACAAAGAGAUCCCAACCGAGUUAUCCGAGCAGUAACAAUUUGUUGGAUUCUCCUCAAUUAUCGCCGCAGAUGACCUAUGGGUCUGACCAGUAUGCUGCUGAGUGGGAUGAAGGCGCUGAUGAAGGUGAUCAGGAUUACGAUUCAAUAUACGAAUACACGCAAGACUAUGACAAUUCGCUAACGAGAGCUCCAGUUGCAAGUCGGCAGCAGAGUGAUCCAUUCUUUACACCAUUUGAUUGA